AUGGACACCUACACGUUUGCGACCUCACGGCAGAUUGAUUUUCCCGUGUGUCUGAGAAUAAACACUUUGGAAGGAAAACAGUCUACAAUUCCUCAGACGGUACUAUUGAAACAUCCGGAGAUUCGUCAUGUUGGGUCAGUUCAGAAUCCGUUAUCAGAGCUCUUCGUCACUGUUCAACUAUGGGCUGAGUCCAAGCCGCUUGGGGUGUCUGUUCAAACUCCUCAUACGUUCUUUAAGAAUACCAGGACCUGGAACAAAUGGCUUGAACUCCCCGUCCCAGUUAGAGAUUGUCCUGCAUCCUCACAGGUAGCGAUCACGGUGUGGGAUCUCUCAGCUUGUCCUCUAGAUGGCAGUGUGGAUCACUCUGUUCCAUUUGCGGGGACUACCAUCCCGCUAUUUGAUGACGAUGGCGCUCUCAGAAGGGGUCGCCAAAAAUGUCGAAUGUAUCGGAAAAAGAUCGCUGAUGGGCAUCUCCCUUCGACCACUCCGCAUAUUCCACGCCCAAAGCGGAGAAGAAGGAACGAAGCGCGGCCACAGUCCAGCCCUGAAGAAGAAGAGUUGGAAAGGCUUGAGCAGCUGUUCAAAAAGCACGAGAUGAAUGAAAUCCCUCAAAACGAUUGGCUCGACCAGCUUGUCUUCCAAAAUGUUGGCAAGAAGGCCCGUGAAGUUGACGAAGCUGCAAGAAAGCGGGCAAGUAUGCGUAAAGCUGCAAAACGAAGGUCUCGUAAAGACGACUCGUCCAAACUCGCGGCUGGAGGUCAUACCGAUCAACAUGAUUCAGACCUGAGCGAUUCCGAAUCCGGGACAGAUGACGACGAGCACUUCACCUUGUAUAUUGAUUUUCCCCGAUGGGAUUUCCCGGUGGUCUUUGAAGAUCAUGAAUACAACCCCCCGAAGUUGAUGAAGGAGUUUCAAACAAAUAUGUCGGCGUCUAUGACCGGCACCAAACCUCCGCCGGAGGUACGCUAUGGACCAGGAAUUGCAGCCGGAAACUCAGUGGUCGAUGAUGAAGACCACCCGGUUGUUCAGAUCUUUGAUCCUGAACAAUUUCAGCGAGAGAAUCCCUGCGAAUCAAAACAUCGCCGUCUGGUCAGAAGUGAUAGAAACGCAUUGUACGACGUCGAUCAAAAGCCAAAUGCUAAACUUCGGGAUGAAAUCAACGAGAUUUUGUCCUAUGGGCCAACACAGGAGCUCACUCCACAAGAAAAAGAUGUCAUUUGGACCUUCCGUCGGCACCUGAGCCGUGACAAACGGGCUUUGACGAAGGUAGUCAAGGCCACAGACUGGAAUAGUCCCAGCGAGGCCAGACAAAUGGCCGAACUGAUUCCAAAGUGGGCGAAAAUUGAUGUUGACUCUGCCCUGGAGCUUCUUGGCCCAACUUACGAUAGCGCGGUCGUGCGCGCAUAUGCAGUCGACCGCUUACGACAAGCAGGAGAUGCAGAAUUACUGUUGUAUUUGUUACAACUUGUUCAAGCCCUAAAGUUCGAGCAGUACGAUUCGCAGGCCGAGACCUUGCCGUCCUCAUCACUAGCAAAGUUUCUUAUUGACCGUGCCGCCAAUAACUUCAAAUUAGGGAACUACCUGCAUUGGUAUUUGAUGGUUGAAUGUGAUGAUCAAGGUCCAGAUACAAAUGCUGCAAACAGGAAGCUGUUUGCAAGAGUCGAGUAUCACUUCAUGGUCGAGCUGGAAAAGCGAGCACCAGAGCAAAGAAAAACUUUACUGAGACAGGCUGAGAUGAUCGCCAUCUUGUCGAGAAUCAGUAAAGAAAUCAGAUUCACUCGGAACAAUCGCAUACAAAAAAUCGAGAUGCUUAAGAAGUAUCUUGCUGACCCGAAGAAUGAGCUCAUCAAGAUUGAUCCGCCCAUUCCCCUGCCACUGGACCCGGAAAUCGAAGUCAGUGGUGUUUUCCCUGACGAAGCCAAUGUGUUCAAAUCGUCGUUGUCUCCACUGCUACUCAAUUUCAAGAUCGCUGGUUCAGUUGAAGCUGGCAACUUUUCGAGUCAAGCACGUUCCCAAAGUCAGGCAAAGUACCCGAUGAUGUUCAAAACUGGCGAUGACCUCAGACAAGAUCAGCUUGUGAUUCAAAUCAUCGAGUUGAUGAACAAUUUGCUCCUCAAGGAGAACUUGGAUCUCAAGCUUACGCCGUAUCGCAUUCUCGCGACCUCGCCAACUGCAGGAGCCGUACAAUUCAUCCCAUCGACAGCAAUUUCGGCCGUUUCGGCAAAAUACAAAGGUUCGGUGCUCGCAUACUUAAGAGCGAACAAUCCCGACGCCACUGGACCUCUCGGCGUGCGAAAAGAAGCGAUGGACACAUACAUCCGAUCCUGUGCUGGCUAUUGUGUGAUCACCUACAUCCUCGGGGUUGGAGACCGACAUCUUGAUAACCUCUUACUCCAACCGUCCGGCCACUUCUUUCACAUCGAUUUUGGAUUCAUUCUGGGACGUGAUCCAAAGCCAUUUGCUCCGCUGAUCAAGCUAUGCAAGGAAAUGGUAGAGGGUCUUGGCGGAACGGCGUCUCCGCAAUAUGCUCAAUUUAAGCAGUAUUGCUUCACAGCCUAUACGACCUUGAGGAAAUCAAGUUCCCUUGUUCUGAACCUGUUCAGCCUUAUGGUGCAGAGCUCCGUUCAGGACAUCCGGCUCGUGGAGGAACAGACAGGCGGAAUUGGUGGUGCUGUCGGGAAAGUAAGGGAGAGAUUCCACCUGGAUGUCAGCGAAGAAGAGGCUGUAAGACUAUUGGAUCAGGUGUUGGCCGACAGUGUCAAUGCGGUGUUUGGAGUAGUGAUUGACCGACUACACGAGUUUGUUCAAGGAUGGCGGGCAUAG